UUCUCUAGAUGUUAUUCUUGGGGGCAGGACCACCCAGUACGGCGCUCACAUUAAUGAAGAUAUGGCGGCAUUAGCCGAGUCCUCGAGGCUCGCGCGCCUGUAUCGGCAUAUUCUUAGCUUCCGCCCGGAUUCUCCUUGUCUUAUCAUCGAUCUCCAACUGCAGUGUGAGCAAUACUGUACGCUCAAGUUCACGAUUGAAUAUCGAAUAUUGAAGGGACAAAGGUCCCUGGUUGGCACAUAUAUUCACGCAACGCGAGUCCUUGAUUACUAGUACCCGCCCUCUGGGACAGGUGAUUUUUUUGAGUGAGAUUUCAUAUCAUAUAGGCUCGAUAUACUGAUAAGUGAGUACUUUCACAGGUCCUCAUUGAUGACGCUUUCCGCUUCCCUAGACGUUAUUCCUAGAAGCAGGAUCGCCCUCGCCGAGGAGAGUGGCGCUUACAUCGAUGAAGAUAUGGCUGCAUCAGCCAAGUCAUUGCACACCCUUCGUUCCCACAACAAUCCUUUCAUAUCUUGCCUUCCGCCCGAGAUUCUCGUCGAUAUCUUCACAUACACCGUAGAGGAGACGUGCAAUUCUCUUGGUGCUAUGAUAGCCACGCACGUCUGCAGGCACUGGCGCCAAGUGGCCCUCGAGUGCCCAACUCUUUGGACAUAUAUCGACUGUGUCCGUGCUCGCUGGCUAGCCAUUCUGCUCGAAAGGUCGAAGGGUGCUGCUUUGAUUGUCAUAUACAGUUUACCGCACGUGCUAGAACGUUGCGCGGAACAAAUUCUUUCACAAUUACCUCGAAUCAAAGUCCUCCGGUUGUGCUCAUUUUCAUUCGACGCUGAUCGCAUUGUGGACUGCUUAUCAUCGCAGCCUGCACCAUUUCUUCAAAAGUUCAGACUCGGGGUCAUCGAUGGCCCUCAUCCGCAUAUAACAGACACUAUUUUUCAAGGACAAGCACCCCAACUUCGAAGCGUUGAGCUUUUUCAAUGUAUCUUCAGCUGGACAUUGUUUAUUUUCAGCGGGCUUCGAACCCUAGAUGUGAGACGAGUAGGAUUUGCCUCUUGUCCUACUCUGUUGCAGCUCCUGUCAGCUCUGAAACGUAUGCCUGGCUUGGAGCAGCUUACGCUUGAUCUGCUGCCUCAAUCUGAAAACACUCAGCUCUUCCACGAAGUCUCACUUGCUCGCUUAAAGAGUAUAGCGCUCCAUGGCUUGACUAUCCACACCGCUAUAUCUCUCUUCUCACAUCUACUCCUUCCCGGUGAUGUCAAGAUCACUCUAGACCUCGCACCACCUGAAAGCCCCGAAAGCUUUCAUGAUCUUUUUUCUGCCAUGUACAAGGAUCCUGACAAAUCUCUUCCUGUCAUUCAGGCCAUGCGUGCCGAAUUCGCGUAUGGUUUGUUUGAUCUCCAAUUCAGCACAUCAACAGCAUUCAAAUCUGAAUAUUUCUGGGACCCUUGUCACGGCGAUAUACCACUCUCGAUUAAAUUCCAAUGCCAGGAAUUCAGUAUAGAGCCAACCAUUGUAUUUGAUGUGUGUCGGAUUGUCCCGCAUCGCAAAAUCCAGCACUUGUUUGUAUCAUCCCGCUCCCUUGAUCCUCUGGAACAUUUCUGGCGCACAGGUUCUACCGUCCUUCCGGAGCUCGAAAGUAUGCAUCUGAGCGUGUCCACCCCCAUCGGAAGCUUUAUCGAUGCGCUCCAGAGUGGAGACAUGCAGGGCUCAGAUAUAGCGUAUCCCUCGCUCCGUGAUCUACGGUUCGACCAUCUCAGCUUCGGAUGUGAUGAGCCUGGAUACCUUCAGGCCAUUCUCAUGAUGCGAGCCGAGCGUGGCGUCGGCAUAAAUAAAUUGCAACUAGAGAUGUGCAGGAAUUUGACGGGCGAUAAAGUGCAGCUCCUUCGGGAUGUGGUUGCAGACGUUGAUUGGGAUGGGCAUGAAGAGGAUUUGUUGAACGGCGGAUGGGGCUGUACUUGUGUCAGUUGCACUGUACUGAACUGGGAUUCUAUAAUUCCAGUGGACUCUACCAGUAUAUAAAUAUGUGGGUGUAUGCACUAAUAUUAUAUAUACCGAAAAUUGGCACGAAAUACAAGGCUGCAAUGAAUACUGGCAGAUGUAUAAAAUCAGCGCAUUCUGGUUCCAAAGCUGGGCUCGGUGUACAUGAGAGUGGGUAUACACGACCGGAGUGGCAAC